AUGCCGUCUCUCGAGCUCAAGACAAACGUCUUUAUCGCUGACCCAAAGGCCUUCUCCCUUGAGUUCUCCAAGUUCGCGGCAGAAACCUUGAAUAAGCCAGAGAGUUACAUCUCGGUGUCUUACCUCUACCAGGAGCACCUCACCUUCGCUGGGUCCUUCGACCCCGCGUUCCUGCUCUACAUCACGAGCUUGAACAACAUCAACCCGGAGGUCAAUCAGCAGUACUCCAAGGCGUUUUUCGCUUACUUCAAGGAGAAGCUCAGCGUCGAGGGAACCCGUGGUUACAUCACCUUCUCCGACCCGGGGCGCGACUAUCUGGGCUACAACUCGACCACGGUUGCGGCAAUUUCCAAAUAG